AUGGGUUCGAACACCAACGGUGUGAUUCCUGUCAUACAAGCACCAAACGCUCGAAACGCAGUUGUCGAUGGUGCGUUACUUAUGGGACUUCAUCCGAAUGGGAUUGUCGAGCGAGUUUCUCCUUACACUUAUGGAUUCUACUCGGUUGUUCCAUUCCAAGAAGGGAAACACCCGGAAGAUCUGAAACAAUUCCAUGAAGGCGUGGCACAGUGCAAGGCGGUCUUCUACAAAUUGAUUGAGAGAAACAAAACUGUACGACCAAGAGAUUGCUUUGAGAGAAGAUCCUCCACAGAUUACAUUGAAAGUAAGCAUCAAACAAGGAUCACAUCGUUAUGGAGAUCUUUUAGAAAGGAUCCGAAAUACUGUACACAAGAUGACGAGUGUGAAAUAGUGGCGAGUAUUGAAAUACAGCCUCCGGCUGAAGGCUGGCCCCCAAAAUUGGAUCAUAUCCAGAGGUUGGUUGUCAUUGACAACGAGUUUGUUGUAGAAUUUGAAAAUGCGACUACCGGCCAAAAGUAUAAGACCCGAGUAGUUAAUGCCUUCUAA